UCACGGCUCUUGUCACUUCAAGUCGUGCCAGCGGCGAGGCCUCCUCGCUCCGGCGGCGUCCCCCGGCACAAUCUCGACAGCACAACGACCAUCGGAGUGUCGACUCUUACCCACCGAGAUUGCAUCUGGCUCCUCUCUCUCUCUGUCUCUCUGUGCUUAUCUCUAUCUGUUCCUCUGUCUCCUGGUGGUGACCGGCGCUUUUAAAAUUCGGAUUAUGCGUGCGCGUUCGUGUGGGACGUUCCUGCCAGGCGCUUCCAAGACCGAGAAGAAGUUGAAUGAAAAGUGAUUAAUUAUGUAGUGUCCAGACUCGCCGUGGGGGGCCCCUUUAAGAUAUUGGUUGCUAUUUCCGGAGCUUCAUUAUAUCAGGUGCAGAUACCAUGCGCAGGGUGUAGUUGUAAUCUGUGUAAGGGCUGAAAGUGAAUGUGAUGCGUCAUAUCACAGUCUAUAUACAAUCAUAGCAACGACAAGCGCCAUCAGCAUUCAAAAGUGCUCUUACGACAGAGAUUGUCGCAUCAAAGGUACGUGUCGGGGCAAAAGAGCGUGUGCAAUGAUUAAAGAUGGCAAGCGUGUGUCUGCGUAGAAUUCAGAUAAUGGUCCUUCAUUCACUUUGUCUCGCGAAUCGGGAACAAUAUCGCGUCUUCCUUUGUACUAAACGGCUGUUUCCUUACAAUCGGUCUUCUACUUUCGGUCGAAUUCAUUGGUCGGACAAUCUGAAUGUGAUUUAUAUGAAUCAUUGGCCUUCUAUAUCGCACUUUUUUUUAAUCCUGCUGUAUUAUGGAUAUGUGUGAACAUGUUCAGCUGCAAAAUUGUGCGUCGUAUAGUUUCAGUGUAUUUGUAGCCGUUGGCAUUGUUCGAAACCAAUCGCUCCCUUGAAAAUAGUCAUAUUAAUGGCAAUUAGUCAAACAGAAAAGCUUCACUGACAUUAAGCCUCUUUUCAAAGGAGGGUCCUGCGUUGGGAAGUUUUGGUCAAUUCCAUAAAAAAAAAGUAUUUGGCUUCAUACGACAUAUAACCGGAGUGCCCGGAAGAGAAAAAAAAUCCCCAUCACGAAUAUGAGAUAAACAAUCAAAAGCUCCGCACGGAUGGAUUGCGUUGUUGCACUGCCAUUCUCUGGCACCUCGACGACCCGCGUCUACAACACCUGGUACCCACAGGUGGUCUCUCAUUCACAUAAACUACGAAGCAGGACGAGCCCAGCUUAGCUUCACGCGGUGUCGCGAGAUCGGGCGCGCUUGGGGUUGUUAUUUUUUUUGUCGUAGGCGAGAGGCUUGCCUACCUCACUUGGUAAUGAAACAACAUUACUCGUGUCGUUGUUACUAUCGCUCUUCACGAAGCGUGCUGCGCAAACGCAGUGGCUUCUCCGAGGAGUAAGGCGGACGAGAAGGGGGAGAGGAAGGAGGAGACCACCCUCCUGGAAACUUCACAAGGGAUGAAUGCUCAAAGCUGCAUUGUUACUACAGUGCAGCGGUCUCCGCCUGCACUCUGAAAACGCUGACUGCGAGAAAAGCCCUCCGCUCACAUGAAGAGAGAAAAGCGAGAUCGGGGGUGGGAGCCCUCGCGCGGCGGUCCGUGCGUCCCCUAGCACUCCACCCUUCUCACGUCAGCGAGACGCAUGCUCGGCGUAGCCCAGCAGCAGCAGCAGCAGCGGCGGCGGCGGGAGCUUAAAGACACCGAGACGGUGGUCAUCCGCGCCGCCCUUUGCAGACAUUGGCACGCCGUUAGCAAAGCCCUCGUCCCCAUUACAUGGGACAGACGGCAUCGCUAGGUCGCCACAGCAAAGAGAGAGAGAGACGCCCACGCGCUGUGUUCGACCUGGAAUGACGGACGGGAAUGUGCGCAAAUCGCGCAAAAUUGUCCGCACAAAUCUCCAGAAUUCACGGACCUGAGAGCGGUAAGGACAUUUUGAAUUAAGUCGAUUUUUCACAGCUGUUCCUGGGUGUUGUUUUUCCUUCUUCCUCCUCGUAGAGAGGGAGGGGGAGAAUGUGUUAUUUCCUCUCAAGUGUGUCGAGGUGUCUGCACCACCGGCUCUCUUCCCGUGCGACCCCGAAACACCCCCAACCGCUUUCCCUCCACGGACCGCUCCCCCCCCACCACGAACUCCUAACAACACCUGCCUCGCUCUGCGGGACCUGCUCAGUGGGGGGUUCUGUCUCGCACCUCCGUAACUUAAUCCCUUCCCCCAUUAGCCCCGUCGCGACUACACUUUUGCCCAUUCGCCUCUUCAUUGUCGCUCGUUUGUGGCCACGGAGAAAUAAAACUUCGCCGCGAGGCGCCCGAGUCUUACACUCGCCCGGUCUGGGAUUAAUUCGGAUUUUCGAAGAUACGUUGUCAGUGUCGUUUUAGCUUACAGCUCGGAACGACCACGAGGCGCCCCACUCAAAACGCACGCAUUCGUCGUUGGUUAACGCAAGCCUGCAUUUUAAUCUCGACAUACGCUCACACUUUCGUGUUCUUUGUUGCAAAUCGGUAAGCUCAACUUGUUCCGCUUUGACGCGUGAUUUGUCCUGAUCUGUGCACUCAACGGGAGUUCCGUGCGCGCCUUUAGCUUGAGCGCGAGCGCUGGGAUCUUUGCAGGCUGAUUGCGAGGAUUGCGAACCGAAGACGCGCGUUUAAGUGAUGGAUUUGGUUCAUUAAUCGCACGCUGUAUUUCUGUGAGACAGCCUCCUCCGGGUUUCGGGGUGCACGCCGUGGGAUGAGGACGCCGACUGACCCGCAGUGAGAGCGCAACUCAGCGCCUUUCUUUGCCUCCCGAGGCCAGCCGAAGAUCCUUUCAUCACUCCCUGUAUCCGUCCCUACGUCCAUCCAUCUCUACAUCCAUUCAUCACCUCUGUCUAUCUGUCCGCCUCUGCAUUCUUCCAUCCAUCUGUCCGUCGCCUCCGUCCACCUAUCCAUUAAUCCCUCUCGUCAUUUACGUCCAUCCAUUUAUCCAUCACUCUCUCCCUCCGUCUCCCCACCCCAAACCAUCUCUCCCUCGCUAGCCAUCUCCUGUGGCUGCUGGCUCCGCCGUGGCCGGACCCCCCCCCCCCCCCCCCCCCCCUCGACACUCUCUCUCGCUGUGGCCAUGUACCGCAUGGCCCUGACGGCGCUCCGCCUGGUGCAGGCGAGGCGAGCCCGGCCCGCGACCGCGUGGCGCGCCGCCGGUCUCCUCGCUCUGCUUCUGCUCGCCGCGCUCGUGCUGCGCGCCGACGUCUCGCGCCGCUCGCCGCGCCUCCUCCUGCCCCUUCCCGUCCCCACGCCGCCGGGCGGAGAGCCCGAGCUCCAGGUGCAGCCCGGAGACCCCCCCGGGAACGGGGACCUCGAGGGCGCCGCGGACGACGCGGAGGAAAAUCCCGGGGCUCCAGCGCGCGUGGGAGCCGUGCUGCGGCUGCAGAUUAGGGCCCCCGCCAAGAAGCAGGCGAACGAAGCGAGGAGCUCUCAGCCCUGCAGCCGCUCUGACCACUACGGCCCCGACGAGCUGAAGCCCCACCUGGGGAGGCCCUCGCAGGACCCGCUGGCGCCCGGCGCCCGCGGGGCCGCGGUCCGGCUCGGGGCACUGUCGCCCGACGAGCUGGACGAGAAGGAGCGAGGCUUUGCCAAGCACUGCUUCAACGUGUUCGUCAGUGACCGCAUCUCCCUCCACAGGGACCUGGGCCCCGACACGCGUCCGCCCGAGUGCGUGCAGCAGAGAUUCCCGCGGUCGCCGCCGCUUCCCACGACGAGCGUGAUCGUGGUGUUCCACAACGAGGCGUGGAGCACGCUACUGCGGACCGUGUACAGCGUGCUCCACACGGCGCCCGCCCUGCUGCUCGUCGAGCUGCUGCUGGUGGACGAUGCCAGCACGGAAGAGCACCUGGGCGCGCGUCUGGAGGAACAGGUGUCUCACCUGGGCGGCCUGGUGCGCGUGCUGCGUCAGCGGCCACGCCGCGGCUUAACUGCCGCGCGGCUGCUGGGCUCACGCGAGGCUCGCGGGGACGUUCUCACCUUCCUGGACGCGCACUGCGAGUGCUUCUCCGGCUGGCUGGAGGCCCUGCUGGCGCGUGUGGCCGAGGACCCACGACGCGUCGUCAGCCCCGAGAUUGUCACCAUCGACCUGGACUCGUUCGAGGUGUCGCGCCCGGCCCCGCGCGGCCACGAGCCCAGCCGCGGCAACUUCGACUGGACGCUCACGUUCGGCUGGGAGGCCCUCCCUGAGAGCGAGCGCCGGCGGCGGAAGGAUGCCACGGAGCCCAUCAAGACUCCGACCUUCGCGGGGGGUCUCUUUUCAAUCUCCAAAGAGUAUUUUGAAUACCUGGGCACCUAUGACAAUCAGAUGGAAAUCUGGGGAGGCGAGAACAUUGAAAUGUCAUUCCGGGUGUGGCAGUGCGGCGGGCAGCUGGAGAUCGUGCCGUGCUCCGUGGUGGGUCACGUGUUCCGCACCAAGAGCCCGCACUCAUUCCCGGCCGGCGCCUCCAUCAUCACGCGCAACCUGGUGCGCGCCGCCGAGGUGUGGAUGGACGAGUACCGGCACAUCUUCUACCGGCGCAACCGCGAGGCGGCGCGCAUAGCCAGCCAGGGGGAGUUUGGCGACAUAUCGGAGCGACUGCGCCUGCGCGAGCGUCUGCAGUGCAAGAACUUCACGUGGUACCUGAACUCCGUCUACCCCGAAGCCUUCGUCCCCGACCUCAACCCGGAGGCGUUUGGAGCGCUGCUGAACCGAGGGAGGGGCCAGUGCUUGGACACUGGCGGUGAGAGCUCCCAGGGCAAGCCGCUCAUCCUCUACACCUGCCACGGGAUGGGCGGAAACCAGUACUUCGAGUACACGUGGCAGCGAGAGCUGCGGCACAGCGUGCAGAAGGAGCUGUGCGUGCACGCCACGCUGGAGGCCGUGUGCCUGGAGGAGUGCCGAUACCGCGGCCACAACAGCUCCACACCGGGCGAGCAGCUGUGGCAGCUGCGGCAGAACAAACUCAUCUACAACCCGCUGACGGACCUGUGCCUGACAGCGCGUGGAGAGCACCCGUCGCUGGUGCCCUGCAACCCCCAUGACGCCCUUCAGCGGUGGGUCUUGCAGUAGUGGGAAAAACAAAGGCCGCCUCUACAAAACCUCGCAUCCUUCCAUCUACCCGGGGCCUUCAGAGGAAGCGUGCUGGUGUUGUGCAAGCCGUGCGUGCGGACAGAGCGCUUGUUGUGGCUAUCGAGUGUGACAGGCAGUAGCAAUUGCACCAGGGCCCAUGCCCCUCUCGCUCGAUAAUCUGAAAUGGGACAUGAGACUCGAUAUUAAUCCUCGUACCGGAAUCCUUGCAGAUCUCAGACCCUAAUAAAGGAUUUAAACCGGGUCGUUCGCUUCCGCACCGGGCACGCCACAUCCACAAUUAAACUAAAUUCGCCAUAAUAGAUGAAUUCAUCAGCUGGUAGAGGCCACUCUAUGGCCCCACUGUCAAGUCGUGAGGAGGGAAGAAUCCACCACUGCUUACUGAUGCGAGUCCAACAUCCAAUCGCGUGCUGCAACUUUCGUGAAAACGAAGCGUCGGAAUAGUGCUUUCCGCACUAGGACUGUUUUAACAACUGACACACGAAUUCAGAGAUAGUGUAGCAUGGUUAUAGCAUAGCGCAUAGGCGGUUGUCGAUGAAAUUUGCUUUUAUAAAUGCUAGAAUCUGACGUCUUCAAUAUUAUGCAUUGAUCGUGCCCCACGGCACGGGGUGUGAGCUUCUUCAACAAUCGCAGGACCAGUUUCUUUUAGCCCUUUUGUUUCUACUUGAAUGUAGGCCAUCUCUUCACACGUUACACAAUGAAAAUCCAGCAUGGUUUACAUGAUAGAGUCGAAGCUAAAUUCCUUAGAGAAGUAUAUAUAUAUUUUUUAAAAUGAUAACGCCAAUGUGUUACAUUGUGUAAAUACGAAUUGUAAUCGAACAAAAAUGUUGCACAGCAAUAAAGACAGAUUGAUAUCCCUC